UUUUCAAUUUCCACCAAAACUUUGCAAAACGGCUUUCAGUACCUGUAAAUGACAAGAUAACAAAAUGACAAGAUGACCAGAGCAGAUGACCCGACGACAAGAGCAAGAUCACCAAGAGAAAGAGAACAAGAUCACCAAGAGAACAAGAUCACCAAGAGAACAAGAUCACCAAGAGAACAAGAUCACCAAGAGAACAAGAUCACUAAGAGAACAAGUAUUUUGCAGCAAGAUCGGCUUGCUCCGGUAUCGGGACCACACCCGUACACCACAACCGCUCCGCUGACAUAAGC